CCACCACGUUAAUGCAGUAGGUGGAGAGCGGAAUUCACACGGAAAGCGAGGCGAGAGACAUUGACGGGCAGCGUAUCCUGCAGCAAGCCUUUCUGGUUUCCUUAUCUUCAGAAGCUUUGCAGAGAGGGGGCAGGAAGGGGAAAUCCAUCUCGAAAAACCAUCUGGCAGAAAUUCCCCCCCUCCCCUGCCCAACUGUUAGCUACUACCACUCCUGAAGCUCACCAUCUUAAAAAAAAGAGUAACAACUACUUCUCUACCACUGCCUUGGAGGAAGAGCCAUGGAAGGCAAAUGCUCAGCACCUGUUCAGUUGAAAGCAAGAGCUUACAAGAAACUGGCAAGUCUGGCUUGGUGGUAAAAAGGGAAAAAAAGGAGAAGAAAAACGGGGUCAGAGAAGAAAAGAAUUGAAACCAAAACCAGCAAACAGGCAAAGUAAGGGGGGAAAUCCAAGGAAUAUACACUGGGAAGAAAAGGAUUGUUCAUGGCGCAGGCUGCAGAGCUAAGCAAGAAGACUGAAGGUUGCAUCUCUACUCUUACAGUCUCUAACUGUCUAGGUCCAGAUAAUGAGAGAGUGUGUUGAGAAUGCUGCUUCGGUUGCCGCUGCUGCUGCUGCUGCUGCUCCCCUGUUCACUGUGGAAGCCAUCUCCAAAUUAGCCAUCACAUAUGGAAACUGGAGACCAGAAUUUUAGAAAAAGGGAUUAAGGCAUCUCAUUUUGGGGGGAGGGUUACCUGUUUUCUUUCUUAUUUUCUUUAUAAUAUUAUAUAAAAUAUUAACAACUGGAACGGUUUUUUUUUCCUUUUGAAAAUCAAGCCUCUUCUGUGUGAUUUUUUUCCCCCAUUUACACUGAUUCGGUGGGCUUUCUUACCUCUUUUUUUAUAUAUAGAUUCUCUCUAUUGAUCUCAAAUAGUUAUUAAGAUUAUCAUUUCUUUUACUAACAUUACACCCACAAACAGAGAGAGGGAGAGAGAGAGAGAAAGAACGAGAGCCCAAGAAUCAGAAAGCAGUUGGGUAUUUGUAUAAUGAAGAAUUAUGGGGCUCUUUGACAGAGGUGUUCAGAUGCUUUUAACCACCGUUGGUGCUUUCGCUGCCUUCAGCCUCAUGACCAUAGCUGUGGGAACCGAUUACUGGCUUUAUUCCAGAGGGGUUUGCAAGAUGAAAGGAACCGGAGAUAAUGAAACCAGCAAAAAGAAUGAAGAAGUCAUGACCCAUUCUGGAUUAUGGAGAACCUGCUGCUUGGAAGGGAAUUUUAAAGGUCUGUGUAAGCAAAUCGAUCACUUCCUCGAGGACACAGAGUAUGAAGCCGACACAGCAGAAUAUUUCCUCCGGGCUGUAAGAGCCUCUAGUAUUUUUCCGAUCCUGAGUGUGAUUCUGCUUUUUAUGGGUGGACUCUGCAUUGCAGCCAGCGAGUUCUACAAAACCCGACAUAACAUCAUCCUUAGUGCCGGCAUUUUCUUCGUGUCUGCAGGUCUGAGUAAUAUAAUUGGCAUCAUUGUGUACAUAUCAGCCAAUGCUGGAGACCCCUCAAAAAGUGACUCCAAGAAGAACAGUUACUCUUACGGAUGGUCCUUCUACUUUGGGGCCUUGUCCUUCAUUAUAGCUGAGAUGGUUGGAGUGCUGGCUGUACACAUGUUCAUUGACCGGCACAAACAGCUGCGUGCCAGCACUCACACCACGGACUACCUCCAGUCCUCUGCCAUCACCCGCAUACCCAGCUACCGCUACCGCUAUCAGAGACGCAGUCGCUCCAGUUCCCGUUCCACUGAGCCUUCACACUCCAGGGAUGCCUCUCCUGUUGGGAUCAAAGGGUUCAACACCCUCCCAUCCACGGAAAUCUCGAUGUAUACCCUGACCAGGGACCCCCUGAAGGCUGCUACUACCCCCACAGCUACCUACAAUUCAGACAGGGAUAACAGCUUCCUCCAGGUACACAACUGUAUCCAGAAAGAAAACAAAGACUCUAUCCACACUAACACAGCCAACCGCCGGACCACCCCUGUAUGAAGCUGUCACGAGGGGCUGAAACUGGGGGACAGGGAAGGUGGGAGAAGGACUUGGGUGCAGGAGGGAGGAACAGUAGGGCGGGCCUGUAGGGGCAAGAAGAAAGCAACCAUAGGAACCUUCCAAAAGCAAAAAAACAACAACAACAGCAAGCAAACUUAAGUGAAACAUCCAAAAAGAAAGAA